AUGCCUCUGUCCCUGGAAUCCCCCACCCCCUCUGGCCAGCUCCCACCCCCUCUGGCCAGCCCCCACCCCCUCUGGACAGUCCCCACCCCCUCUGGACAGCCCCCACCCCCUCUGGCCAGCCCCCACUCCCUCUGGCCAGCCCCCACCACCUCUGGCCAGCCCCCACCCCCUCUGGCCAGCCCCCACCACCCCCCGUGUCCACAGUCAGAUAAACUGCAGGUCAACCCCUUGAACCCCAGUCACCAGACCAUCCAGGGACCAGGCCAUCCAGGGGCCAGGCCAUCCAGGGACCAGACCAUCCAAUCACCAGACCAUCCAGGGACCAGACCAUGCAGGGACCAGACCAUCCAGGGACCAGACCAUCCAGUCACCAGACCAUGCAGGGACCAGGCCAUCCAGGGACCAGACCAUCCAAUCACCAGACCAUCCAGGGACCAGACCAUGCAGGGACCAGACCAUCCAAUCACCAGACCAUCCAGGGACCAGACCAUGCAGGGACCAGGCCAUCCAGGGACCAGACCAUCCAGUCACCAGACCAUCCAGGGACCAGACCAUCCAGGGACCAGACCAUCCAGGGGCCAGGCCAUCCAGGGACCAGACCAUCCAAUCACCAGACCAUCCAGGGACCAGACCAUCCAGGGGCCAGGCCAUCCAGGGACAAGGCCAUCCAAUCACCAGACCAUCCAGGGACCAGACCAUCCAGGGACCAGACCAUCCAGGGACCAGACCAUCCGGAGACCAGACCAUCCGGGGACCAGACCAUCCAGGGACCAGACCAUCCAGGGACCAGACCAUCCAAUCACCAGACCAUCCAGGGACCAGGCCAUCCAGGGGCCAGGCCAUCCAGGGGCCAGGCCAUCCAGGGACCAGACCAUCCAAUCACCAGACCAUCCAGGGACCAGACCAUCCAGGGACCAGACCAUGCAGGGACCAGGCCAUCCAGGGACCAGACCAUCCAGUCACCAGACCAUCCAGGGACCAGACCAUCCAGGGACCAGACCAUCCAGGGGCCAGGCCAUCCAGGGACCAGACCAUCCAAUCACCAGACCAUCCAGGGACCAGACCAUCCAGGGGCCAGGCCAUCCAGGGACCAGACCAUCCAAUCACCAGACCAUCCAGGGACCAGACCAUCCAGGGACCAGACCAUCCAGGGACCAGACCAUCCGGAGACCAGACCAUCCGGGGACCAGACCAUCCGGGGACCAGGCCAUCCGGGGACCAGACCAUCCAGUCACCAGACCAUCCAGGGACCAGACCAUCCAGGACCAGACCAUCCAGGGACCAGGCCAUCCAGGGGCCAGGCCAUCCAGGGACCAGACCAUCCAAUCACCAGACCAUCCAGGGACCAGACCAUCCAGGGACCAGACCAUCCAGGGACCAGACCAUCCAGGGACCAGGCCAUCCAGGGACCAGACCAUCCAAGGACCAGACCAUCCAGGGACCAGACCAUCCAGGGACCAGACCAUCCAGGGACCAGACCAUCCAGGGACCAGACCAUCCAGGGACCAGACCAUCCAGGGACCAGGCCAUCCAGGGACCAGACCAUCCAAGGACCAGACCAUCCAGGGACCAGACCAUCCAGUCACCAGACCAUCCAGGGACCAGACCAUCCAGUCACCAGACCAUCCAGGGACCAGCUCGUCUACCCAUUGCGGCAGUGGACAGAGGGGAGACACAUGCUCAAGUCCUGGAGGGUGGUGA